AUGAUCAUCGUGGUUUUGAUACAUAAGGGCCCAGUAGAGAAGAUUCAGAACCUGAGCUACCCAGAAACCCUAGAUAUAUCUGUCUUUACCACAACCUCAGAAAGGAAGGAGUUCGCCACUAAAGCUAGUCAGUUCGCCGUCAUCAAUAUAGGCCCUCACAAGCGGGUUCUGGCAGCUCCAGGAAAAAAUGAGACGCAUUCAAAUGAGAGAGAUCCCAGCUACUUUAAAUAG